AUGCCGGAUCUCAACUCCGUUCCUCCCUCACCACAUCCUCUGGCUUCUCGUCGCCAGUCUACGAACCAGAUGGCUACUCCGCCGGCUCCCACCUCGCCGUCUCUCAACAUCCUCCCUUCGAACCAGAAUACUGUCAACCACUCGCAUUCGCCUUCUCUUCCGUCGCCGGUGCUGACAGCUUCGCAACCACCGUCUCAUGUUGCGGGUAUUCCGGGCGAGCCUGGUGUUGGGCCAGGACCUGGCCCGAUAAGACACCCCCGUCCGUUGACCGCCGCCGAACUUCAUCUUGAGCUUGAGAAGGAACAAGAAGCUGUGGUCAACCGUUUGACUCGCGAGCUUUCCCUUCUUCGAGCCGCUCAGAACGCCUCUGUCGUUUCCAACACAUCCUCCACUUCUGCUGCCAACUCGUCCCAUGAAGUCCCCGAACAGUCCCUGCUAUCAGGCUCCGGCUUUUCCAUCCCCACCGCCCGACAUCAUCGGACCUCGUCGACCACAUCUCAAGGCAUUGGCAACCAGCAGUUGUCAUCGUCGUACGAAGCACGAAUCCAUGCCCCUCGUCCCUCACAAGCGAUUCCCCUUUCACGGCAGGAUAGUGCCGCCUCUCGAAGGAGUCUUACAAGCUCUCCCGGACCGCAGCACAGCAGCCUUGACCCAUCGAGCUACUUCCAGCACCAGCGAAUCCCCCCGCCUACGUCGAUCCCACCAAGUUCAGUUGGUGCAACCCCAGGUAGUCUUAGUGAGCAGCUCAGUCCCGGCAUCAUGCCAGCAACUAUGCGGUAUGAGGAGACAGUGUUCUACAGAAACGAGCUGGAAACCGCCAAACGCGAGAACGAUGCAUUGAAGCGAAAGAUCCGGGAAUUAGAGAGACAGGUGCGACAGCGAAGGACCAGCGAUGCAGGCCGCCCCAGGAGUGGAAGUGCAAGCACCACCACCAGUGUCAGCGUCACUCCAGCCGGAGGAGCCAGCAUAGCAGGACCACGAGAGGCAAGCCUCAUCCGACCAGGCGGCGAGCGAGAGAGAGGCAUGACGACACAAAGCAUUGCUAGUGUAGCUAGUGUCGGCGUCGGGGUACCUGAGGAGGAGCUCAAGGUUGGCGAGAGUGCUGCCAGUGCCGGGGUCGCACCCACACAAUGA